AUGGAGAAAUUAUCAGGGUAUGAAUUUUGGAGGCAGAAGUUAAAAUCAGCAAAGUAUAUCGUUGCUCCAAUGGUGGACCAGAGUGAGUUACCAUGGAGAUUAUUAAGUAGGAAGUAUAGUGCUGAAUUGUGUUAUACUCCUAUGUUCCAUGCUGCUUUGUUUGUGAAGGAUAAUCAUUAUAGGAAAGAAUCACUGGUGACAUGUGAUGAGGACCGUCCUUUGAUAGUUCAGUUUUGUGCCAAUGAUCCUGAGACUUUACUUAAAGCUGCUCAAUUAGCAGAACCCUACUGUGAUGCUAUUGAUAUUAAUUUAGGAUGUCCUCAAAGCAUUGCUAAGAAAGGACAUUAUGGUGCUUUUCUACAAGAUGAAUGGGAUUUAAUAGAGAAGAUGGUCAGUAUAUGUCAUAAGGAGUUAACUGUACCUAUCACCUGUAAAAUAAGAAGAUUUGCCUGUAUAAAGAAAACAAUUCGAUAUGCUCAAAUGCUAGAAAAGGCUGGAUGUCAGAUACUAACUAUACAUGGUAGAACACGAGAACAGAAAGGUCCUUUAACUGGACUGGCAGAUUGGUCUUAUAUUAAAGCUGUAAAAGAAAGUGUAAAUAUACCUGUAUUUGCUAAUGGUAAUAUACAGUAUUUAUCUGAUGUUGAAAGAUGUUUAAAAGAGACAAAUGUUGAUGGCGUUAUGACUGCAGAAGGAAAUCUUCACAAUCCAGCUCUGUUUAAUGGUAUCAGUCCUUUAAUUUGGGACAUGUCUUUGGAAUAUUUAGAUUUUGCAGAAAAAUAUCCCUGUGCCAUGUCAGCUAUCCGUGGUCAUAUCUUUAAAAUAUGUCAUCAUGCUCUUCAGACACAUGUGGAAAUUAGAAAUGAAAUAGCUAAUGCUAAGAAUAUAGAAGAAUUUCGUGAGAUGGUUGACAAACUAAAGAAAGCUUGUCAGGUAAGAGAUUUGAAACAGCUUUUUUCCGUAUAUAUUUCUAGUAAUCUACCUUUACCUUACUGGAGAUGUCAGCCUUAUGUCAGACCAGAUCCAAAUGCAGAUUUAGAUCCAGAAAAGAAAAUAGAACGAGAUAAAUUAACAAAGAAAAGGGCUGCUGAAAGGAAUAUUGUGGGUUUAGAGAAUAUUUCUAGAAAGAAAUUAAAAAGAAUGUUAAAGAACCCUAAUAAAAACUUUCUAACACCCACAAGACAAGUUUAUGUUAUGUGUACUAAUUCAGAAAUCAAUUGCUUAAACCCCAGGAAUAUAAGAUGUGCAUAUGAAUUUUGUAAACCAUGUUGUAUGAAGAAGACCAGAGAAGAAACAUUAGAUUGUGCAGGUAAAGAUUUCUAUUUUUAG